AUGUCACUGGGCCAACGGUCAUACCUCGUUAUUUAUAUUAAAUCUGAUCCGGUUGAUCCAGUAGCUGUCAAUUUCAGUUUGUUCAUUAUCUAUCUAUCUAUCUAUCUAUCUAUCUAUCUAUCUAUCUAUCUAUCUAUCUAUCUAUCUAUCCUAGGCUGUUCAUAUAUAUCACAACUUGGCCCUAUCUAUCUAUCUAUCUAUCUAUCUAUCUAUCUAUCUAUCUAUCUAUCUAUCCUAGGCUGUUCAUAUAUAUCACAACUUGGCCCUAUCUAUCUAUCUAUCUAUCUAUCUAUCUAUCUAUCUAUCUAUCUAUCCUAUGCUGUUCUAUCUAUAUAUUAUCAACUAUCCAUCUAUCUAUCUAUCUAUCCCAUGCUGUUCAUAUAUAUUGCAAGUCUGUAUCAUAUCUAUCAUACAUCUAUCUAUCAUUCAUCUAUCUAUCUAUCUAUCUAUCUAUCUAUCCUAGGCUGUUCAUAUUCUAUCACUGCUUGGCCCUAUCUAUCUAUCUAUCUAUCUAUCUAUCUAUCUAUCUAUCUAUCUAUCUAUCUAUUCUUGGCUGUUCAUAUAUAUCGCAGUAUGUUCCUAUCUAUCUAUCUAUCUAUCUAUCUAUCUAUCUAUCUAUCUAUCUAUCUAUCUAUCUGUUCAUAUCUAUAG